AUGGCUGCGCCCGUGGGACCGGUGAAGUUCUGGAGACCCGGUACAGAAGGGCCAGGUGUCAGCAUCUCUGAAGAGAGACAAAGUCUAGCUGAAAACUCGGCAACAACUGUUGUUUACAACCCUUAUGCUGCCCUUUCUAUAGAGCAGCAGAGGCAGAAGCUGCCAGUGUUCAAGCUUAGGAAUCAUAUAUUAUACUUGAUAGAAAACUAUCAGACAGUAGUGAUUGUUGGAGAAACAGGAUGUGGGAAAAGCACACAGAUUCCACAAUACCUGGCAGAAGCUGGCUGGACGGCCGAAGGAAGAGUGGUGGGGGUCACCCAACCCCGCAGAGUUGCUGCUGUUACAGUUGCAGGGAGAGUGGCUGAGGAAAGGGGUGCAGUGCUGGGCCAUGAGGUGGGCUACUGCAUCCGCUUUGAUGACUGCACCAACCCACUGGCCACGAGAAUUAAGUUUCUGACCGAUGGAAUGCUGGUCAGGGAAAUGAUGGUUGAUCCAUUAUUAACAAAAUACAGUGCCAUCAUGCUGGAUGAAGCCCACGAGAGGACCUUGUACACCGACAUUGCCAUUGGUCUGCUGAAAAAGAUUCAGAAGAAGAGAGGGGAUCUUCGACUGAUUGUGGCUUCAGCCACUUUGGAUGCAGAGAAAUUUCGGGAUUUCUUUAAUCAAAAUGACACCAGUGAUCCAACCAGGGAUACGUGCGUGAUCCUUACAGUGGAAGGGCGAACAUUUCCAGUGGACAUCUUUUAUCUACAGAGUCCUGUUCCAGAUUACAUCAAAUCAACCGUAGAAACCGUGAUGAAAAUUCACCAGACGGAGGGAGAUGGAGACAUACUAGCAUUUCUCACUGGUCAGGAAGAGGUGGAAACUGUCGUGUCAAUGCUGAUCGAGCAGGCUCGAGCUCUAGGUCGGACUGGUAUGAAGAGACACCUCCGGAUUCUCCCCAUGUAUGCGGGACUGCCCUCCUUUGAGCAAAUGAAAGUGUUUGAAAGGGUGUCACGCAGUGUCAGAAAGGUGAUCGUGGCCACCAACGUAGCAGAAACCUCCAUCACAAUCAGCGGGAUCGUGUACGUGAUUGAUUGUGGCUUCGUGAAGCUCCGGGCCUACAACCCCAGGACAGCUAUCGAGUGCUUGGUGGUGGUCCCAGUGUCCCAGGCAUCAGCCAACCAGCGAGCAGGACGUGGUGGCCGCAGCCGCUCAGGGAAAUGUUACCGCCUUUAUACAGAGGAAGCCUUUGACCAGCUGCCUCAGUCCACUGUCCCUGAGAUGCAGCGGAGCAACCUGGCCCCCGUCAUCCUGCAGCUGAAGGCGCUGGGGAUCGACAACGUCCUCAGGUUCCACUUCAUGUCGCCACCUCCAGCGCAGUCGAUGGUUCAAGCAUUGGAGUUACUGUAUGCUCUGGGAGGUCUGGACAAAGACUGUCACCUAACUGAACCUCUUGGCAUGAGAAUAGCAGAGUUUCCUUUAAAUCCCAUGUUUGCAAAAAUGCUGCUUGAAUCAGGGAAUUUUGGCUGUUCUCAGGAAAUUCUAAGCAUUGCUGCCAUGAUGCAGAUCCAGAAUGUCUUUGUGGUUCCCUCAAACCAGAAGUCUCAGGCUAUGCGAGUGCACCGAAAAUUUGCUGUGGAGGAGGGUGACCAUCUUACCAUGCUCAAUGUGUAUGAAGCAUUUAUCAAACACAACAAAAACUCCCAGUGGUGUCAGGAGCAUUUCCUGAAUUACAAGGGCCUCGUCAGAGCUGCGACAGUGAGGGAGCAGUUGAAAAAGCUUCUCGUCAAGUUUCAAGUGCCCAAGAAAUCUAGUGAAGGUGAUCCAGAUCCAGUUCUGAGGUGCAUCGUUUCCGGAUUCUUUGCAAAUGCCGCGAGGUUUCAUUCUACUGGAGCUUAUAGGACCAUCCGUGAUGAUCAUGAAUUGCACAUCCACCCAGCAUCGGUCCUCUAUGCAGAGAAGCCGCCCCGCUGGGUUAUCUACAAUGAAGUUAUCCAAACCUCCAAGUAUUACAUGAGAGAUGUGACCGCCAUUGAGUCUGCUUGGCUGUUGGAGCUGGCUCCACACUUUUAUCAACAAGGAACGCACCUGUCCCUGAAAGCCAAGAGGGCCAAGGUCCAGGACCAGUGA